AUGCAGCAGACUCGCUCCUUGAUCUCUCUCUUCGCCUUCGUGGCAGCCAUCUUCAUGGCGACUGCUUGUGUCGACGCUGCGAACCUUCCUACCAGGCAGACCAACGCCGAUCGCCUUCGUCGCAACCUUGGCCCUCUGGCCCCAGUCAAGAGGGUCCCGACCCCCGUACUCGCUGCUAGACAAGCGGCUGCUUCUGCCGGCACGACCCAGGGACGUGCUGAGAUUGUCCUCGCGGAUGGAACCGUGCUCGGCCACCUUUCGGCUGACGACCCGAGCCAAGUCAACACUGACAGCACCACCAAGAGGAGACGUCGUGCCUCCAGUGGCGACGUCGUCUUGAAGUUCGUGGAGGGUACUGUCAAUGGCAGCCUAUUGUCCCAGAAUGCCAACUACUCCCCACCGUACAUCGGUCAGACUGACGCUGAACUUACUGGCUCAAUUCCAUUCACAAACGUUGCGGAGGGUGACUUGUCCACGAUGUGGACCUUGAACUCCACCAGCGGCGCUCUCUCAGCUCAAUGGACCAACCCCGACGGCAGCAAGCCUACUACGUACAUUCUGUACUUCAAGGCCAAGACCCAGCUCGCCUUCUCCAACACCGACGAUGUGGAAGGAGCUGAAGCAAUCACACUCUUGCUCAGCGUCUAAAAAGCCCCGACUCCUCUUCACAACCACAU